CGGUCCCGCGGUCACGGCGCCGUCCCGUCCCGUUGCAGGUGCGGACGCGCUGCGGGCUGAGGCACGGCCCGGCGCCACGCGGCUGGCCCGGCGCCGCGGAGCCACAGGGUGUUGAGGAUGUGCAGUAUCAGUAUGUGCACUGCUCCCUCCAAACCGACGGAGACAACAUCACCGUGGAAGCAGAACUGUCUUUAAGCAACACGCACCAGUUCUUAAAAAGCAGAACUGUUCUGCUGGUCCCUGGAAAAAUCACCUUUGACAGACAACUAUAUCUGGGCCUGAAUGAAGAGAACCAUAACACUGAGAUUACUCUUGUCUUCCUGAAAGAUGAAGUGGAUGUUUCCUUACCUGUUGUUAUAGGAAGCUGUGUUGCUGCACUUCUCUUGCUGGCAUUCAUUAUUCUGCUCCUCUGGAAAUGUGGCUUUUUCAGAAGAAAAUAUAAGACUAUGAUGGAACAAGAAGACACCUCCUGAAGACUAAGCUGGCCAAAGCAGAAAGCUCUGUAUUCUUUCUCUGUUUUUUUGGAAAAAAAGGGAGAAUCUGUCUUUGGCAGAGUCAAAGUCUGGCUAAGAUGGAAAACAACUCAUUCCAUUUUAGAGCUAUUGCACUCCACAUCUUGGGAUUCUCCCAAAUUGCUGUUUUGACCACAGGGACUCAGCUUUUUUAUUGCCUACUUGUUUAAUUUGAACAGACUGUUUAUCACAGAGGGGCUGCCUGCUGUUGAUAAACUAGACUGUCCAUAAGAAAUUUUGCUUUAAUGUAGAUUUGCUAGGAAAAGUUAAUCUUGGAGCCUUGUUAGGUUUAUGUGUUGGAUUGCAGUCUUAGUUGCUGUGAUGCUGAGUGGUUCCUAAAUUGAUCUGAGGACUGAGUAGUUUCAGAAUGGAUUGGUAAACGUGGAUUAGGGGAAGCUUCCCAUCCUGCUUACUGUCAGUGAAAAUGGAGAGACAUGUAUUUUGCAUAUACAGAUGUGUGUAUGUGUACAUGUAUAGAGAUUUGUGCAUUUUAAUACAGUAAAAUACAUCCCUUGAUGUCUCUGGGUCUUGGAAUCAGAAGUGUGGAUAUGUGGCAAUUAGUUUAUUGUACCUCAAGUUUUAUUUCUCAUUUUGUAUUCUUUUCAAGUCCUGAUUUGAUUACAAAUAAGAACUUGUAUCAUGGACCUCAUUGCCAGUUCAGACAAACUCCUCCUACACCAGGAGAUACUUCCCCAGGUUAUCGUGGUUCACCACACCUGAACCAAAGGCAGAGCCCAGCCUGAGCUGCAGUGUUGCCAUCCUCCCUGCUGGAUGUAUGACAGAAAGCAAGGUGAAUCAGCAGCAAAAUCAGUUUAUCAGCUGCAGGUUAUCAGUAAUUGCAGUUUACAAGGUUUGGGAGAGGAAGGUGCCUAGCCAAGGCCUGGGGCUGGAUUGAGCCAGGACCACAUGUUUUCUUUCCUGAGCAAUGAAAUGAUCUCAGGUGUUUGCUGUUUCCAAAGAAGAACUUGUACAGACACUUGGUGCUGUUCCUCUCUUUGGCUUUCUCUGUCCCUAAUGAUGUAGUAGUUUUAUUUCUGUCAGGUGUGGCUAACCAUGCACCCCACAGAUCUAAGGUGUGUUUACACACUGCAGUAGGUUAAACAGAGAUUUUUCAUUCAGACCUUCAGAAGGCAAAACAGUUCCUGUCUCCUUUGGUUUAACCAAUGUUGCCUGAUGGAAAGCUGAAGUUAAACAGGUUGUGACCUUCACUGAAGUUUUCUUGUAAAAUUCCUGCCUGGUACCCAGAUAGUUCUGUUUAUACAUGUCUUCAAGGCUAUUGCAGGGAUCACCUUCCUCAUGGGAUGGGCAUGCCACAGGCUGUGCAAGCCUGGGUGUGUCCCAGCUCUAAAUUUGGCUGUCAAACAGGCAGAAGUUAAAGGUGCUGAGCACACUGGCCUGCCUGCCUGGGACAAAAGUGAAAGUUAGCACAGCAAGAUACUGUUUCAGUAAUACAGGGCCCGUGUAUGACUCUCAAGAGAGAGAGGAGCAGAGGUCUCCUGCUGGGAUCCAACUCAGUCGGUGGCUACAGCCAUUCUUGCUUGAAUUUCUUUCUCUCUCCUCCCUGGCUGGUUGUAGAGCUCCUUGGGGCUGCAUACAGAGGGAGUAGCUCCAGAUUUGCUCCCCAAUGCCAGAGGUUAAGGUAAUGAGCCUUCCUAGAUUAGAGCUCAGAACCAAAGAACCACCUGUGUUGGCUUUUUUGGGGUCAUAACAGCUCUACACUGUUUGUAAAGAAAUGUGCUUUGCCUGGUCUGAAUGCCUUUAUUGUCACCAGCCCUGUGUAAACCAUCUGGGUUUUUUUGUAGUGUUUUUAGUUGCAUCUUCUUUGAAAAUCAGUUAUUGCAAGAGAAGCCUGACUGUGUCUUGCAGCUGCUGGCAGAGGGUGGCUUGAGGGUUUUACUAUACUUUCUCCCAGGUGACACAACCAGUCACUGGGGCUGCUCUCCAUCCCUGGCACAAGUGUUACCAGCUUGUUCUUUGUAUGUCCCUGUGGGAUCAAGUACAUGGAAAGCAGAAUAGCUGGGCUGAGGACUGCACAUACAGCAGGCCCUUGCUGCCCAUCCUCCCUCCUAGACCUUCUCCACUUCACACCAAAGUCCUGCUCUGUUCUGAAGCGCCUGGGGAUCUCUACAAUCAGACCACACUUGGGUGAAAAUGUCUUCUUUGUCAUGACAAAUCUGAUCGUGACUCCAAACCAGAGGCAAGCCACGUGUCCUGAGGUAGGAAGAACUGAGCCCCUUGGCCCCCAGACCCCUACAAAACCAGGGAGCGUGAGCAUCCCUGACGCCCUGUGCUGGGAGGACGGGGACUGCCCGCCGGGGCAGGCGGUGGUGGCUGGCAAUGGGGUUAGGACUGGCCGUUGUUUGAAAGACAGGGACAGUUCCAGAGGGACUUGUGAGGUAUUGGCCUGGUGCCCAGUGGAGAAGAGAGCCAAGCCCAAGAAACCACUUCUGGCCAGUGCAGAAAACUUCACUGUUUACAUCAAGAACUCCAUCCGCUUCCCCAAGUUUCAGUUCUCCAAGACAAAUGUGCUGGCAACCAAAAACGAGUCGUAUCUGAAGAGCUGCCGCUACAGCAGGGAACAUCCCUACUGCCCCAUCUUCCUCCUGGGCAGCAUCGCCCGCUGGGCUGGGAGCGACUUCCAGGAGAUGGCCUUGGAGGGUGGUGUGAUAGGAAUUCAGAUUGAGUGGAACUGUGAUCUUGACAAAGCCCCAUCUGAAUGUAACCCUCAAUAUUCUUUUAGCCGACUGGAUAACAAGUUUACAGAAAAGUCCAUCUCUUCUGGGUACAACUUCAGGUUUGCCAAAUACUACCGGGAUGCUGAGGGCGUCGACUACCGGACGCUCAUCAAGGCGUAUGGGAUCCGCUUCGACGUGAUGGUGAACGGCAAGGCAGGGAAAUUUAACAUCAUUCCCACCAUUAUCAAUAUCGGCUCGGGGCUCGCUCUCAUGGGAGCGGGAGCUUUCUUUUGUGACCUGGUGCUGCUGUAUCUGAUUAAAAAGAGUAACUUUUAUCGAGGCAAAAAGUACGAGGAAGUAAAGUCCAGUUCCAGGAAGUCGUUGUCUAGCCCUACACUGAAUGGGAAUCAGAGCCCUGAGCAGCUGGGUGGGCUCUAGGCACAGCGAUGGCUCUGCCAGCUGGACUCAUGCUCCAGGGAACCAUGGAGGUGUGUAAUCACAGCAGGACUGGGAGGUGCAGCUGCCCUAGAUCAGCUCUGCUGGCUAUUGUUGGGAUUUCCAGAGGGGAAAAAAAAAGUCCUUCAAAGAACACUCACCUUUCCCUGAGCUGCUCUCUGGCGUCCUGAGCUUGCAACAGUGUGUCCUCACCAUGGAUUUACAGGAGGAUUUUAUCCAAAGGAAAAAGAAGGCACCAAGUGAAUGUUUUUCUAUCCAUUGCUCGUUGUGUCCAUCCUUCUGCCAGUGCUGUGCCUCAGCUCUGCUCUGCUUCCAGCCAUGGUAGAGCUGGGAUAUGUGGAAAACCCCAUCUCCAGGAGGGCUGAGCCUGGGAUGGCUGCCCCUGCUGCUUGUGUGGCACACAGGGAAGUGCAGGGGAAAGGGCUGCUGUGUCAGAGGGGCUGUAACUCCCAUUGCUCGGGGGAGGUGAAGUUGUUGAGGCUCCUGCAGGAAAAGCUCAAGGAGCUCAGCUUGUCUCAGGUGCUGCCCACUGCAUCCCCUCCCAGCUGGCCCACACAACCAUCUCAGAAGAGGUAAGAGCAGGCAGAGAAUGGUGAAACAAGGCAGGGACAGAUGGUUUUGUGGUGGAAAAGGAACAUCUUUCUGAUGAGGAAAGGCUGUGGGACUGUUCAGCCUGGAGGAGAGAAGGCUGAGGGGGGAUCCCAUCACCACUUCCAAGUACCCAGAGGGUGGGUGUCAGGAGGAUGGGGUGACACUUCUUUCUGUGGUGCCCAGUGACAGGACAAGGGCUGAUGGACAGAAACUGGAACACAAACAGUUCCCCUGGAACACAAGGAGAAGCUCCUUUGGUGCUGAGGUGAGGGAGCCCUGGCCCAGGCUGCCCAGGGAGGGUGUGGAGGCUCCUUCUCAGGAGGUUUCCACACUGGUCUGCUGCCAGGACAGUGGCAGUGAAGAGAGCUGCUGGACUGGGGGUUACACACAGAUCUUUGGCCACUUUUAGGGGGUUACUCUGAGGUACAGGGUGAUUCUAAAUUAACAUUCACCUUUGCUAGCAGUGGCAAACUCCAGGCAGCCUCAUCCCCUCCCUCUGCUUCUGUUCAGGUGCCAGUGAUUACUGAGUCAAAUGUUCAGCUAGAAAAUAGAAUCACACAGUGGACUUAAUUUGGGAUACACUGUGUACCUCUGAAGUGAUAAUUACAGCCAAAGCCUCCUCCCUUCAUGGCAGAAAGUCUCUCCUCUAAGCAAACACAGGUCACCCAGGGUUUAACUGCACCAGUCAGGUCUGUUAGGACACUCAGUAACCAGACCCAGGCUUGUGAGUGUCAGAGCUUCCUUCUGUGUGAAUUGUUUCCAGCUGCUGAGACACAGGGUGACCCCCCCAGGUGCCAUCAGGUCAGGGCACAGCUGCAGACCAAGCAGCUCAUCCUGGCCCAUGAAGCUGAGCCUGCUCUCCUGAAACUUAACACUUCAACUUGAAAAAGCAACGUUCUCGUGUCAGAUGACCAAAGUGAUUUCCUGAAUGUAAGGCUUCAGGGGCUUCAAGCCCCCAAAAGUCCCUUGACUGCUUCUCCUCGUUGUACUCCCUGUUCAACACAGCUCCCACAGCCACUGCUGUUAAUAAAACACAAGCCCCAUCCCUGCCCAGGAGCU